AUAUUAGAUCAUAUAAAAGACUGGAACUAUCCUUGGCAUCAUUGAAACAUCAACAGGCAUAGUGAGACAGACUUACUGUACAGAGACACAGGGAGAUACAUUAUAGUGAGGGAGACGUACUGAGAUAUGAUGCUGGCGGUGUGUGUCGCUGUUGUCCUGGGCCUUCUCUCAGUGAGUGGCUCCCAGGCGGCCCCUUUAACCUGUGAGGAUCUCCUGAGACCACUGGAGCUGAGCGGUGUCAAUCAGACUCUGGGGAAGUGGAUGUCUAUCGCUGAGAGUUUCAUUCACAGCAACAAACACCCAUGGCAGGAUUUAUCACGCAGCACCUGGAUAGAGAUCUCUGUGCCGGUCGGUACCCAGAACAACACUCUUGAUAUCGCCCAGUUCUAUGGCUUCAGUAUUCCACAUCAGAAUGCUUCAGGAAUCGAAUGCUUCAGGAUCAACUCUAACUUUACUCUACAUGACAACAACACAUGGACUUCAGUGAUCCCCUUCCCUGUUUCUGAGGUCCUCCUGACAACGUGCCCAGACUGCCUCCUGACCCUGGAGAGAUGGGCUGAGGAUGGGAAUACCUCUCUAAAGCUCUACAGUAGGAGAAGGGAGCUCACUGCUGCUGAACUGGACUUCUUUAAGAAACAGGUGGAUUGUCUCAGUCUGCCACCAGCGACGUUCAUGGAUCCACAGGAAGAUCUCUGUCCCGACACAACGCCACUCUUAGAAGAUCAUAUUAAAAAGGCAGCUGAGAAGAUACUGGGGGCUAUUAUUCAGAAAUUGUCAAAUAUUUUUUCACUGUGGGGGUAGGGUUAAUGAGUAGUUCUCUUUCCUCCUCCUCCCUGAUUGGUUUGGUGCCCACCAUGUAUUCUACUGUAACCCAGGGUUACAGUACCUAACCCAGCAAGCCUGUAAACAGUCACUGAUGCCAGCCUUGAUGUGGGACCAAACUCCACUCUGCUAGUAUUGCUCUACAUUCAACACAAUAAAUGCAGAUUAAGACAAAUAUGA